UCUAAAUUUCCCUAAUUGGGGCCUAGAAGAACGAGGUUGCCAGACUUCAAAGAAACACCAAAAGGAACUGAGGAUAUAUUAUUUAUACGCUGACACGUUUAUGAGUUCUCAGCUUAUCCCCCGUGACUGAUCAUAAGUGGAAAGACUUGGGAUUGAUACAUAGCCAUAUUGAGACGUCAAGAAUAGACACGGUGCACAAUAGGAAUCUGUACUUGACAAUAGAGAUUAUUUCGACUUAGGAAUUGCCACGAUUUUUCUUAUUAAAUUGAGGAAAGCUUGGUGAUCACAAAGGAAGCCGUGACAUUGUCAAUGGAGUUGAAUUCAGAUUGAACGACUAUUGGCUGACAGUGUAUUUGUAAUACUCUCGUGUUUGCUGGUGAUAGUGGAAUCUCAUCAAGUUAGUUACCCGGAAUAAUACAAUCAACGUUCGAGCUUGGUUUUAUUGCGCGGAAAUUAAGUUUACGCUCGAUUACUUCGGAUUACGGCAUUAUUGCGAAAGUCAAAAGAAAGCGACAAAAGAAAAGAUCCUUGUAAAGAAACCAUACAAGACAUUUGAGUCUGAGAAAGUGAGAUUUUCAUUGCAUAGGAUGGAGUCGUUUAAUUUUGCGAUGAUGGCUGGGAACCUAUCAAACAGUAGUGAUGGGAAUUUUUCAUUCAACUUCGAUAUGUUUAAACUAGAGUCGGAUACUUCUAUUAUCACAUUCACGAUACUAUCGACAAUUUUAUGUGCGACUGCUAUAAUUGCCAACUUCGCUACAAUGUUGAUCGUCAUCUUUCUACCAAAGCAGACACCUUUCACGAAGUUGUUCGUGAAUUUAGCGAUUUGUGACAUACUAGGAACUCUUGCAAUUUAUGUUGGCGAUGUAGCAUUUCGUGCUGGAACCCACUGGAACGUUGCGAUAGAAACGUGUAAUAUGCUCUUCAAAAUUGGUGGCACGUGCUUCAGUUUGUUUUUCUUUACGUCAGCCGUGACGCUGCUCGUGUUCGCCAUAAUGCGCUUCAUCGGUAUCACUAAACCACACUCAUUCAAACCUCUCUUUGAAAGUACGAAAAAGGUGGCGCUGUAUAUUGUGCUUUGUUGGUUCAUAUCUCUUUGCUUUACCUUACCAACUAUCGUAUGUGACAAGGCGAAACAGAGAUGCAGUCAUUUACAAAGGCAAGCUUAUAAUCGAGAGGCAACGUUUGGAAUGGAUUCCAAUUUAGUCGGAAUGCCAAACAUAUCAACUGAAAACGCAACAUAUUACACAAACGCUGAAAAAGAUACGUCAUCCACGCCAAUUGAAUGUAUGACAAAAGGCGCCUAUACAUUUUGUGCGAACUGGAAAUACAUAUGGGCGGGAGGGAAGGCAUUAAUACUCGUGAUCGUCGUGUGCCUGUACCUCAGCCUUUCGCGAGACUUGUUCGUGAGAACUGCAUCGUUCAGGUCGUCGACGAAAAGCAAAAAUGAUGAUUCAAUCCGAGACAGUGAAAAGGACAAACACGCUUUCAUUACAAUCUUAAUUCUGUUAGUGAUACUGGUAUCAACAGGAGUGCCCUACAUUGCAGUAAAAGUCUACAGGAGUGCCCAUUUUGAUCAAAACAUAAUUAGUGUCUACAACAAUUUUAUAACAUAUUUUCCAUAUAUCAAUUUCAUCCUCGAUCCUAUCGUUUACAGCAUUCGCUCUCCGGACAUUAACGCAAAAUAUAGGUCCAUAUUUGGGCAAAUAUUUUGCUCAGAACGCUCGCACGUACAAAACGGAAAUACCACUACAGACUAUACUGUGGUCUCGAAUAGCAACGACAAUACAGUUACCAUGACGAUGAAUGAUAACCAAACAAAAGCAGAAAAUGACAGUCACGCGCCAUUAACGAUGACAGAAAUACCUACUAAAGCAGAAAACGUGUAACAUGGGAAUAAUAAAAACUUGGUACCAUUGACAGCAUUCGUAUGAAUCACUGAGAAAAUAGCUAUCAACAUUAGGUCGUAUUAUCAACCGAUAUGCAUGGCCAUUUCAUUCACAUAAUAUUAGUUAUUAUCUGUGUACCUUUCCAGCUGAACGUGAAAUUAAUACAAAAUCGUUCGAAUACCGGUGUAAAAGGGUAGGAGGUCAGGGGCGGAUCUGGGAACCAACAAGGGGGGGGGCAAACUUCUUGUCUGAGAAAAAA